AGUUUUGGUAAAAAUGAAGAUCUAGUAGUUUUACGUUUUAACAAGGGAACCUGCCAGAGACAUCGAUUAGAGGUUCGCAAAGAAGUUCUAGUUGUAAAAGGCUGUACUAACGAACAGCGCGAAAGUGCACUACGUUCUGUAAUAAUUUUGUGAAAGAAGAUUAACCUGAAAAAUUUUCUUCUUUGAGCAAGGUGUGGUAGUUUUAAGUUCGUGAUCAAAGAGGAGCUGUCGGAUCUAUAGUCAUUUGAUAUCAUACGCGCAGCGAGUUUAUGAGUUAUCAAGAUGAUCUACUUCGUUUUCCCAAUUUUUUGCAGAGAGAUUACUUUUAAUCCAGGAUAUUCUUGUUCUGGGAAAUAUCAACAUUAGAAUCAAGUCUACCAAAUGAAUUGUACGACUUUAUUUUUCUCUAUUUAAACUCUGUCGAUAUUAUUUAUUCAUUUUUCAAUUUAAAUGAUCGUUUUAACGAUCUUAUUUAUCCGUUUUUAUGUGCAAUAGAUUUAGCCGAUAUCGAUGAGUGUUUGUUGCACAAAUAUUAUCGAACAAUUUUACCUAAAAUUCAUCAUCAUAUCAAAGCAAUUAAAGUUGAUGAUAAAAAUGUUGAUAUCGUUUUUCCAUUAUGGUUAUAUUCAAAAAUAUAUCCGAAUCUUAAAUCAGUUUUUAUAACGAAAGUUAAAAUGGAGGGAAAAUAUUUAUCAUAUUUAAAAUUAUUUAAACAAUUAUUAAAUUUAAAAAUUUAUUUUUAUAUACGAGAAUAUAAGGAAACUGUAUAA